CUUUUACUAAAUUCACAGUUUUUCAUCAUAUUUGAAAGUUAACCAUACGAAAUAACCCGUUAAAACAUCGUUUUAUGCAACGUAAAAAUAUCAAAUGAUUUCGAGUAAAAUUUCUAACAAUUGGUUUUUUAGUAUUUUUUCGAAUUUAUCUUGAGCGAAGCGUGUUGAAAAUCAAUAAUAGGUCACGAAAAUAUUGUGUUGUUCAACAUGAAAAUACGAGUGCAUUAUAGAAAUCAACACUUUAAGCUGACUGUCGAUGAUGAGACGAAUAUCGAGAAGCUAAAAUGUUUGAUUAGAGAUUUUAUAUUUACAAAUCCCAAGGACAAGAACAGACCAUUCGAUAUUAGUUUAAAUGGACAAGAGCCACUUAAUGUAUCUAAUGAAUGGAAAAUUGGAGAAAAUUUAGUCAAUAGUGACCUGCAUUCCGAAGGCGAGAGUCCCUUGCCACCUGAUUGGAAAAAGUCUGAUUUAAUCAAAUUAGAAUAUACACAUACUCAUACACCAGAAUUUCAAUAUUGUCUAACCUGCUUUACAGUAAGCUCUUCGCUUGUUGUAAACGGAUAUGCAGAAAUAUCCGGCAAGAAAAUUUGUCGGACAAACUGUAAAUUUAAGAAAAAGCUGUUUUUCUUUGGAAAAAUUGCAGAAAAUACUGAUAUCAGAAAGUCAAUUGUUUAUAGGAAUAUGUCUGAGUUUUCUACAACUUUCAAAGAUUCUAUCUCCAUUAAAUUACUACUAUUGGCAAAAAACUAUGUAGGAGAAGUACUAGAAAAUAGCCUUCUCGGUUUAAAUUUUGACGUUCAAUUGGCAAUUGCAAAAUAUUUGGAUAUAAAGUCAUUAAUAGCACUAAAGGAAACAUGUAAAACUUUUAAUGACAUUUGUAAAGAUAAUUCUAUUUGGAAGAGAUGGUAUACAGUAGACUUUGGAAACACUCCAUUAGUCAAUUUAAACAUAACUAAUUGGUUCGAUAUUUAUCGGGAGAGAAGAGUGUCACGUUCGAAUAGCGUUCAAUUAUUUAUGCCUUUUCAGUACCAAGGAACUCGUUUCCAAUAUGUAUUUCCUGGAUUACCUCUUUUAUGA